CACAUUGUGACUAGCGUUAACCACCUGUACCUUUCAUCAUCAAAAAUAUCUCAAAUGGAGGGAUUAAAAAGCACCAAAAGGUUCGUACAUUGCUAUAAAAACAUCAUAGUAAAGUUAGUAACUAAGUAAGAAGAAAUAGAAAUAUAUAUAUGUGAGAUAUAUCUCACAGAAUUGCAGACAAUCUCUCUUCAUGGAUGCACCAUUCUACUACUACCUUUUCCUGUUCAUUUCUCUUUAUUUCCUAAAAUUUUAUUUGCUUCAGAAGAACAAGGGACUCCCACCAAGCCCUGCUUUUUCCUUACCGAUUAUAGGUCACCUCUACCUUUUAAAGAAACCUCUCCACCGAACACUUGCCAAGUUAAGCCACCAAUACGGUCCCGUUAUACACAUCCAGUUCGGUUCCCGUCCCGUCGUGCUCAUAUCUUCCCCUUCAGCCGCAGAGGAAUGCUUCACCAAAAACGACGUCACUUUCUCUAACCGUCCUACUUUGUUGGCAGGAAAACACCUCGGCUAUAACUAUUCUACACUGACCUGGGCCUCUUAUGGUCCCCACUGGCGAAACUUGAGGCGCAUAGCUUCCAUCGAGUUAUUGUCGUCGAACAGACUCAACAUGUUUAGUGGGGUGCGCUUAUCUGAGACAAGGUCGUCGGUUCGCCAACUCUUUCGAGGCUGUCAAGACGAUAAAUUUCAGAACAUUGAAAUGAAGUCAACAUUUUUCGAGUUGACUCUUAAUAUUGUUAUGAGAAUGAUUGCAGGAAAGAGAUACUACGGGGAGAAUGCAGCCGAAGUGGAAGGGAGUCAGUUCAAAGAAAUUGUGACCGAGACGUUUCGCUUGAGCGGGGCCACUAACAUUGGAGACUUUGUUCCUGUUUUGAACUAUUUUGGAUUAAGCGGACUGGAUACGAAGUUGGUGUCGUUACAGAGUAAGAGGGAUAAGUUCAUGCAGGAUUUGAUUGAACAUCAUAGAAAAACAAAUACAAAUUCUGGUUCUGAAGAGAGAACCAUGAUUGAUGUUUUAUUAUCACUACAAGAAACUGAACCCGGAUAUUACACUGACGAGUUCAUAAGAGGCAUGCUGCUAGUAAUGCUAUCGGCAGGUACAGAUACUUCUGCCGGAACCAUGGAAUGGGCAAUGAGCCUCUUGCUCAACAACCCAGAGGCCCUUCUCAAAGCCCAUGCCGAAAUUGAGGCGAAUAUCGGUCAAAACAGGUUGAUAGAAGAGUCGGAUCUUCUCAAACUUCCGUACCUCCGGGGCGUUAUAUAUGAGACCCUUCGACUAUGCCCAGCUGAUCCACUUUUGGUUCCGCACGAGUCCUCGGAGGAGUGCACCGUUGGGGGAUUUCGCGUCCUACGUGGCACGAUGCUGUUGGUGAACAUGUGGGCCAUACAACAUGACCCCAAAAUUUGGGACGAGCCAGAAAAGUUUAAGCCGGAGAGAUUCCAAGUUGAGGGAGUGGACGGGUUUCAUUUCAAAUUUCUGCCAUUUGGAGCGGGAAGGAGGGGUUGUCCCGGCGAGAGCUUGGCGAUGCGUGUAGUUGGUUUGGCAGUAGGAUCGUUUAUUCAGUGCUUUCAGUGGGAGAGAAGUGGCGAGGAGUUGGUUGAUAUGACUGAAGGAGCUGGGCUCACAAUGCCUAAAGCGCAACCCUUAUUCGCAAAGUACAGACCGCGCCCAACUAUGAUGGGCCUUCUUUUCAAGCUCUAGAGUCCAAGAUAGACUCUCUUUCCAAUAUAAUUUAUAGGAAUGAAAAUGAGAAUUAGAAUAGAAAUGGAAUAGAAUAAAAUUUAAAAUGCAUAAAAAAUUGAUAAGAAAAAUUAUUAAAUUUUUUAAAUUCUUGCAUUGGAAUGGUCUUUCCUUUCAUUUCAAAAUGGUAUAGUCAUUCCACCAAAAUGGUAGAAAGGCCAAUCUGUUGGAAUGAUAUUCCAAUUCCUUAAAUUGCAACCAAACAAAAGAAUAGAAUAAAAAUUGUUUCCUUUCCUUUUUA